AUGAAGCUCGCCGCUGCUGGGGCCCUUAUGCUCUUUGCUCGCUCAGUCAUGGGCAAAGGCUGUCCCGAUGGCCAGAUUGGUGUUGGCACCGUACAGACCUGUUUGAUCGUCAACAACAUGCAGACUCAGUGCUCCGCAACGCAGGGUGUCGUCUUUGGAGAAGGCAACUGCGACCAAGCCGAUAUCGAGAACAUGUUCCAGAAGGACGGAUAUUGUCAGCCUAGAACUUUCCUUCAUGGUGCCAAGGUUUUCUGCGAAGACGAUGAUAUGACCUUACUGUUGCGAGAAGAUGUAGGGCUGAAUACGUCACUCAAGUGUUGCCGCGGCCAAGACGCACUGGUCGUCAUCUCGCUGGAUGCGGAGGAUGUGUCUGAAGGGACAACAGGCGAAGAAGAUGAUGAUGAGCUCACAGCCUCUGGGGUAACAGCUGGAUCUGAUGAGAUUGACGUGAUACUGCUUGACAUCUCUGCCGAGCUGUACGAUGUGGAUGAUAUAUCCGUCAAGGACGAAGAUGAUGACGGAAGCACAGAAGUGACAGUGACCAACGACGCACUGUGUUGGGUGGAAGAAGGCGCGGUACUUGAGGAAGAUACAGCUUUGCAAUCGCCGAACCCUUUCUGGCAGCAAUUACCCCACUUACUUCCUUUGCAGGUCUGUCCGCCGAAAGUAGCUCCACAUCUGGCAUUAGUGGAGACUCGCUGCGAAGUGGCAGAGGCGCUGAUUAUCGGUUGGGUGGUUGUUGUAGAUGGAAGUACCAAGAUACUCGAAGGCCCGGCCGGUGUAGCCUUGCAGGAGCCAAACUUAGUCUGGCAACCCGAUCCGCAGUACGCAUUGCUAUUACCACAAUACCCAUACUGGGAGCAGCAGUUGCCAAACACACUACCCAAACAGGUCUGGCUUGAACCGACGCCACAUUUGCCGUUGGUCGAGGUCUUCAGUUUCGAAGGCGUGGGCGAGGAAGACGAUGUAGGGGGUUGUUUCGAUGGGGAAGAGGACGUUGAGCAAGAGCCGAAGCCUGACUGGCAUCCCUUAGAGAUGUAG